GAGGAGCAGCAGCUCCGGCUCAGACACGCAUCUCUUCUCUCCCUCUCCGCCGCGGCGAGGCGCGCACUGGCCCGCGGGUUCCUCUCCUCCUCUCCUCACAGCCUGUCUGGUCCUGGCUCUGCGUGCACCUGUCCUCCUCUCCUCCUCUCCUCCUCCUCCUCCUCAUCCUCAGCAUCCUGAGCUGAGCGCUUCCCGGCGGGUUCGGGAGGAGCUCCGUCCCCCGCGGAGCCGCGGCUGCGCCUCUCCGGUGCUGCGUCUCCCGCUCCAGCUUUUACGCAGCCAAAGGCGUCACUGAACUGACGCGCAAAAAAAAAAAAAAGAAGGGGGACAAACUCAACAGUUGUGGCCGCUUUAACCAUCCCCACAUCCAUGCGUAUAUCACUAACAUGUGGAGGCUACUACAGUCGUGGAUUUUCUUCCUGCUUUUCCCAGCGUCCGUGCUGCUCCGGGCCGAGUGUCAUCCCGCACGGACAGGAAACCAUGCUGAGCCCCAAGGCCCGAUCCAAAGAGCCGUUGGGAAACGACUCAUUAGAGCGACCGAUGAGGAGACCUACUGGGCCUACUCAGGUACAUAUGGGCCAGAUGAGGGCUGGGCAUCUGCCUACCCAGAAUGUAAAGACAAAAACCAGUCACCCAUCAACAUCGUGGACCAGGAUGCCAAAGUCUCAACAGAGUAUCAGGAACUGACACUAGAGGGAUUUGCCACCGAAUCCUCCAAUAAAACAUCAAUGAAGAACACAGGAAAAACAGUGGCCAUUACGUUAAAAGAUGAUUAUUUUGUCCGGGGAGCAGGCCUACCAGGGAGAUUUAAGGCUGACAAAGUCGAGUUUCAUUGGGGUCCAAGCAAUGGAUCUGAGGGCUCUGAGCAUGGUAUUGAUGGCCGGCGUUUUCCUGUGGAGAUGCAGAUCUACAUGUACAACUCUGACGACUUUGAUAGUCUGAAUGCGGCGCUCAGAGAGCAGAGGAUCAUCGCAGCCAUGGCUGUUUUUUUUCAGGUUAGAGAGAAGGACAAUCCUGCCGCCGCCCCCAUCAUCCAUGGCCUGAAAGGUGUUGUCCAUCAUGAAAAAGAGACCUUCCUGGAGCCAUUUGUGCUGAAGGACUUGUUGCCGUCCUCACUGGGAAGUUACUAUCGUUACACUGGUUCUUUGACCACUCCGCCCUGCAGUAAGGUGGUAGAGUGGAUCAUCUUCAGCAGACCAAUCUACAUCUCCUACAAACAGUUGGAGGCUUUCUACUCCAUCUUCACCACAGAGCAGCAGGACCAUGUGAAGUCGGUGGAAUACCUGCGCAGCAACUUCAGACCCAUCCAGACCAUCGAUGGCCGCCACGUCCUCAAGUCAGCCGUCAGGGACGCCUGGAUGCCUGACCUCUCAGACAACGGCCGCAGGCCGUACGACGCAGAGCCUUCCAAUGUGUGCAGCAGUGCUCCGAAGAACAUGAAGGUUCAGCACGUGAACAGCAGUGCUCUGGUGGUCCGCUGGGCUCGUCCCGAGGUCACCUACCACCCGCCCAUCCUCCACUUCCUGGUGUCCUACAGCUGGACGGCCCACGACGACAGCUUUGAGGAAACACACCUCACAGAUGCCAGACAAAGACUGGAGGCCAUCAUUUCUCCCGUCUCUCCUGACGUGCUCUACCUGUUUCGAGUUCAAGCCAUCUGCAGGAGCGACAUGCGCAGCGACUUCAGCCAGAGUAUGCUCUUCAGAGCAAACACAACCAGGAUCUUUGAGGGGACGAGGAUCGUAAAAACUGGAAUGCCCACGUUGUCUUCAGCCUCCUCCGCUGACAUGGCUCCCAUCUCCUCCGGCUCGUCGACCUGGACCUCCUCCGGUAUCCCCUUCUCCUUUGUAUCCAUGGCAACAGGCAUUGGCCCGUCGUCCAGCGGUAGUCAGGCCACAGUGGCAUCGCUAGUGACCAGCACUUUACUGGCCGGCCUGGGCUUCAGCGGCGGUGUCCUCGCGUCCUUCCCCAGCUUCAUUUGGCCGAGCAGAGCAGCGGUUCAUAAUCCGGCCUCUGCGUGCCAGACCACCAGAGGCAGCGGCCCCACCAGAGCCGCCUCUGCGGCCAGCACGGCUGCAGCCAAAGACCAGGGCGAAGCCGGAGAGGAAGAGAACAUCGAAGGACAAAGAAAUAAUAAAAGGGGUGAAAGAGCAGAUAAGAACAAAGAGGAUAAAAAAGAGAGGAAAGGGUCUGAAGGUGUGAACAAGGCAGAGAGGAAGAGUGGGAUUCCAGACUUCCCUGCACUGAACAAAAAGCAGACAGAACGGGAUCCAAUUAACCCACGACCGAGCAGAGAAGUCCAGUCAGAGGUGUAUAUCCAUAAUCCACUUAACUCUACCCCCGCCACCACAAAGGGAGUUGAUGAAAUUUGUGCACUCCCUGUCCCUGAAGAGCCUGCAGCCAGAGCCUGGGACCAGACUCCCUGGUCCUUCUCCGUCCAUCCCGACCCCCCCAACAGGGGGACCAACCUGACCCCUCAGACUAAGCCUGGGUCCGGAGCGGGACUGGGCCGUGCGGAGCGGCUUCUACCUUUGGUGGUGCUGUUUUCUCUAACCUUCUUCUACCUCAUUCCUCUGCUGGUGGUGCUUCUGCACUGGAGGCGCUGUUUCCGCGCUGCCCGUUUUCAUGAGGAAUACAGGGAUUCACUAACGAUGGCGCCCAAUGAGAUUGUCCCUUUUAUCUCCAUCCAAGAUGAAAUGGAAGCCAUUCCAGCCAAACAGUUCAUCAAAUAUGUUUCUGAGCUCUUUUCAUAUAAUGAACUGGGAUUAUCAGAAGAUUUUGAGGAGGUUCUAAGGUGUCCUGCUGAUAUGAGCAUGAUGUUGGACAACUCAAACAACCCCCACAACAAAUGCAAGAACAGAUACAUCGACACAUUCGCCUAUGACCAUUGCAGAGUGAAGCUGAGGCCGCUGGCUGGGACAGACUGCAAACACGCUGACUGCAUUAAUAUCAGCCAUGUGGAUGAACCGUAUACCUUCGUUCAUGAGGCCUUGGUGGAAGCUGUUUCGGGGAAACGGUUUGAAAUGUCCGCCUCCCGUCUUCAGAGCUCCUUCAGCAGCUUCACGUCAGCAGGACACUGUGGCCAGACACACCACCAGAAACAGUUCAAGGUGAAGGGACGUGUCAUAUUCAUCACCUUCAAGAUCAGACCAAUGUUGAUCAGUGGAUGCAACACAGUGUCCAGCGACUCCGUCACCACUCAGAAGGAGUGCGAUAAGGAAAAAGGUUCUUACCAGGUGUCAGUGGAGCGAGCCAGGGUCAGCCCAGCACCUCUGUGUGGCACCAGGAUCGUAGAUUAUACUGAGGCUUCUUACAUCAUGGAUGAUUUUGUGCUGAGAAUUCGUCACUUUCAACGCCCACGGGAGCCGAACCCCACUGACUACCCCCAUAGUAUCUUGGAGCUCAUAAUUACUAAAGAGCAGACGACAACACAAGCUGGACCAGCUCUCAUCCAUGACAGGUUGGGGGUGUGGCAUGGCCUAGCCACCUCACCCGAGGAGCUUGGGAGUAAAUGUGUUGUCGACGUACAUGAAGUGGCCAGGAUGAUCAACCUCUUCACCAACACUCGGUACCAGGAUCUACUCAAGGGUCUGUUCAGCCACGUCGGCACCAAGGAGAACUGUUUGGGUCAUCUGGCUAGGAACUUUAACGGCGCUGUCAUGCCCACGUUAGGCCAGUCAGACCGGGCAGUGAACACAGAGUUCCCGGUCUAAACGCCAGGAAUGGGAGUGACGCCCAGACCUUGUGACGUCACCGGGGCCACAGGGGAGCCGCUACAUUUUCUAAAACGUCACAAAACUAUUGUGGACAAGACUUUUUGAGGCCUUUUUGCCAGAUUCUUGGUUAAAGUAAACAUUCUAAUUACUUUUUUUACACUUAUGAAGUUUUACUUUUAUUUUUGCCAUGUAAUGUCUUAAUGUUUCCUUUUAAAGGACUUUCACCUGCCUGUUUAAGUUUCACAACAGCACUUGUAGGCAACGAGAAACUUUCUUUUUCUUGUUGGCACUAUAAAAUGUCAGUGUUACUGCCUACAAACGUGAACAAAUUUGUUGGUUUCCUUCCAUUAAAGAAAAAAAAACACAAUGGUCACUGAAAUAACUUGAAACUGACUUAAGUUAUAUUAGUUUCGAAUUCACUGAAAUUCACGAAAGACAAUCAGACAUUGCUUUUGAAUGCUGAUUUACAAGAAUCUUUAAGGGCAAAACAAAAACAAAAAAACUAAUGAAACUGGGAUUAACAAGUUACUCAAUUUGAUUAUAUUGUUGCACAAUAUUUUUAAUCAGUCACUGCAAUCAAGUGAUUUCUGAAACAUCCACCGUGACUUCUGCACCUGUAGGCAGGUAUUUUGUUCCACCCUUCAAGACCGAUUUACAUUUUCACUAGGAUUUAGAUCAACACUCAUAGAGGGCUAUUUCAGAAAGGUCCAGUGUUUUGUUUUUCAACAUUUUUGGGUGUUUUUAGAUGUCUGUUUUCAAUUCAGUUUGUGCAGUUUGUGUUUUGGGUCAUUAUCCUGUUGGAGGACCCUGGAGCUGCAACUGAGACCAAGCUUUGUGACACUCAGCAGCACGUUUGUCUCCAGAAUCCCUUGAUAGUCUUGAGAUUUCAUUGUGCCUACACAGAUGGAGGACAUCCUGUACCAGACGCAGCAGAGCAGCUCAAAAACAGAACCGAGCCUCCUCCAUGCUUCACAGUAGAUACAGUCUUCUUUUCUUUGAACGCUUCAUCUUUGCAUCUGUGAACAUAGAGAUGAUGUGAUGCCAAAGAGCUCCAGUUUUGGUUUCAUCCCUCUGAAGGACAUUGUCUUAGAAGCUUUGUGACUUGUCCCUAUGGUUUACUUUCAACAGUGAAGUCCUCCUCGUGGUCCACUUUGGUUCAAACUCUGGAUAGUGUGACCUUACACUGAUGUACCUUGACAUUGGAGUUCAAUUUUAAUCUCUUUGGAAGUUGUUUUGGAGUCUUUGGUUCCCAUUCGUAUUAUCCGUUUCUUCAUUGUGUCAUCAGUUGUCCUCUUGUGUUCCCACCGUGUGGCCCUAGACUCCUAAAUAAGACUCCAGCUGUAGUCACAGGAACAUCAGGCUGCUUGGAGAUGCUCCUCUAGUCUUCACCUUUAACAUGCCUGUCUAGAAUGUUCUUUCGUAUUUCCUCAGACAACUCUCUCCUUUGCUUUCUCUGGUUCAUGUUCAGUGCGGUGGACUCCAUGAUACCAAACGGUACAGUGACGACUUGUUACCCUUUAAAUAGUCAGCAACUGACUGCAAGCUUUAAGAUUCCUGUGAUGAUAAUUGCAGGACACAUGUCAAUAUGUUCAAAUUAUUUUCACUUUUCUGAGCGUACCAAUUAAUUGGAAUUAAUUGAUUUCAAACUAAUGAAACUAGUUUCAAUAGUUAGUUUUUUGUUUUGUUGUUGUUGUUGUUGUUUUUUGGUUGUUUUUUAAAUGAUUCUGUUGAACCAGAAUUCAAAAGCAGUGUUUUAUUUUCAUAAAUGGAUUUUCAGUAAAUAGUUUUUAUUAUGACUUUUGUCAAUUUUUCACGUUAUGUCAAUUAACAUUGUGGAUUUUUCUGUAUUUAAUGGAAGCGGACCAACAAAUUUGUCCAUGUGUGUAUAUUAAAACUGACUAUCCUGGCCUCUCUCCAUUCAGCUGUUUUUGGGUUUUGUUCUCUUCUUAAUCUGCGUAACUGCUUCUGUGAAGGACAUCAUUCUUACCUGGCAUACGUCAUUUAUCACAAGAACCAAGAUCUCGGAUCGCUGCCACAGACCCCUGUGGUAGAAAACCUUCAGUGGUGUAACUACUGCUACUGUGAACUUUUAUGAUUAUGUCUUUGUAUAGUUCAUAUUAUGCUUUUAAUAUAUGGGAAUACUGUAUGUAUGAAUAUAAAAAUAUAUCCUUACAAUAAUAACAUUGUGACUUUUGUACAUGUCCUUUGUGGUAUCCUGCUUUCUACCGAGU